AUGAAAGUGCACAUUAACAUUUUAUCUGAUGGACUCGACAAUGGCCAAUCUGACAAUUUCAAUAUAGUUUCAGAUGGGCUUGACAAUGUGGCCAAAGAUUUGGGUUUAGAUUUAUUAUCAGAUGGAAUGGAGCAUUAUAUUGCUACUUCUGCUAGUGAUGAUUUGAUGGAGGAGGGGGCAAUAAAGGAGUUCAACCUGGAGGGAGGAGAAGGAUUAAAUGAGCUUCAGAAUCAUCCCAUGCUAGCCACAGUUAGAGAUGCCUGUAAAGAAUGGGGAUUCUUCUCUAUAGUGAAUCAUGGAGUUUCAAUAGAUCUGCUCCAACAAGUGGAUUCUCUAGCACGAGACCUAUGUUCAAUGCCUGCAAAAGUUAAAGAAAUGGCCACCACCUCUAAUCCCGCCGAAAGCUACUCUAAUAGAGAGUUGACUGAAAGCUUCUGUUUCAUGAAUAUGCCUCACUCCAAUUCGUUGGAGGAAAUGUGUUACAAGAUCUGGCCCGAUGAAGGAAACCCUAAGUUCAGUGAGACAUUUCGAACGUAUGCCUUUUGCAUGGCUGAUCUUGCACGGAAGAUCACUAUUAUCAUUCUUUCCAGCCUAGGGUUGGACGUCAAAACAUUCUACCAUUGUGAUUUCAAGGAUUGCACAGCCACCAUGCGUAUUAACCAUUACUCCUGUCAUGGAAAGUCAAUGGAAGAUGAGAUCCUAACGUCUCACACAGAUAUUGGGUGCUUUACAAUCCUUAACCAAGACAACCAAGGAGGGCUCCAGGCAUGGACUAAUGGGAGAUACAGAAGUGCCGAACAUCGAGUAGUUUACAAAGGGUGGAGAAAUCGCAUAUCAGUGCCGUACUUUGUUUACUUUCCGGAUAUUAAGCAAGUUUAUGCUCCAGCAGAACUUGUAGACGAUGACCAACCACGACAUUACAAGCCUUUUACUGUAUCAGAAUUCAAACACGGCUUUUAUAAAAAUUUUAGCUCCAAAGAAGUAAAACCGUCUGAAUUCCUUGAUAUAUACGCAGGCAUAUAA